AUGUCAAAGAAAGUAUGCCCUGAUUGUGGCGGUACUUCUUUUGAUUCAUCAAAUGAUGGAUCUACUGUUUGUGUAGCAUGUGGUAAAGUAAUUGAUUCAGCAAAUAUUGUCUCUGAAAUUCAAUUCAGUGAUAGCUCUGGUGUUAUGGGUACGUUCGUUAGUAAGAGUGGUGGAGGAUCUCGAUCGUAUCGUAAUCUAGGUAGAGACUCUAGAGAGCUUUCCAUUGAGAAUGCUCGUCGUCGUCUUCAUAUGAUUGCAUCACAGGUCAAUCUAAAACAACAUCAUAUAGAUAUGGCAUUGAGAAUGUAUCAACUUGCUAUCGAACACAACUUUACAAAAGGUCGUAGAACUCAGAAUGUUGCUGCUACCUGUCUAUACAUUGUUUGUCGUAGAGAAUCAACUCCACGUAUAUUUGCAAAUAGUUUGGAAUUUGAAGAGAAGACACAAGAGGUUGCUGCGACUGCACUCAAGUUGGUGGCGAGAAUGAAGCGUGAUUGGAUGGCAACAGGUAGACGUCCCUCUGGUAUUUGUGGUGCGAGUCUCUUUAUUGCAGCAAAGAUGCAUGGAUUCACUAGAACAGUUCGCGAAAUCAUACAGAUCGUCAAGAUUGGUGAGACUACACUCACUAAAAGACUUGAUGAAUUCAAGCAGACUCCGGCUUCGAUGAUGCGUAUCUCUGAAUUUGAAGCGGUAGAGAUCGAAGGUGAAUGCGAUCCACCUUCAUUCACAAGGAACAGAGAAAAAGAUGCUAAACAAGCGAGAAAAGAGGAACUAUUGAAACUCAAGAGAGAAAAACUAGUGAAGGAAUUGAAAGAGAUUGGAGGUAAAUCAGAAGAAAAGGAUGAAGAAGAGGAAGAGGAGAAAUCAGAAGAAAGUGAAAAGAAAGCAGAAGAUGGUGAAAAGAAAAUAGAAGAUGGCGAAAAGAAAACAGAGGAAGGUGAAAGUAAAGUGAAAACAGAAGCAGCAAGUGAAACACCAGCGAAAAAGAAGAGAAAAACAAAAGCAGAAAAAGCUAAACAAGAACAAAUCGAUAAAGAAAAAGAAGAAGAUCAAAAAACAGAGGAUGAAAUCAAUGAGAUUUUGAUGGAUCAAAAGUGUCGGACAAAAGAUGAGUUAGAGCUUUUACCAUCGACAUUGGCUUUUUCUUUGAAAUCAAGAUUGGAUUUUAGUGCACCAUUACCACCACUUACAACCAAAAUCGUUGAAUAUCCAAGAAUCAACGAUGAAGUUGAUCCAAGUGUUUUCGAGCCAACUGCCACCUUGGAUGAUCUCUCUGAUGAAGAACUUGACACUUAUAUUGAAGAUGAUAAAGAAACUAUUUAUGCAAAAGAUGUAAUUUGGUCGGAAAUGAAUAAAGAAUGGAUUGUUAAACAAGCACAAAGAGAAAAGGAAAUAGCAGAGGCAGAAGCAGCCGGUGUGCCAGUUAGAAGAAAGAAAACAAAGAAGAGUGCCACUUCUUCGGAGGAAGCAUUACAGGAAUCGAUUAGAAACAAAGCAAAGCAAGAGCGUAUUAUGAAUCUAUUCAAGAAUUUGAUUCAUACAGGAGAAAAUGUCAAGCAGGAGAUUCUUUCACCAAGCGGUGUUGGCUCUACACCAGGAGCCGGCAAGAGAUCGAGACUUUCAACAGCAGCAGCAGAAGACGAACCCGAUGAAGAAGAGGAAGAAGAAGAAAGACCAGCUACCUCUCUUUCUCAUAGUUUACUUAGUCAACAACAAUAUGAUAAUGAUUAUGAUGACGAUGAAUAUUAA